UUGAUUCUGGCUUGCGUCUCACUGGUUCAGCAAACCAUAGAUCUAAAGACCGACAAAAUGUGGGGAACACCCGGCAACGACGCUGUUUGCUGCAGCCAACUGGGUAACGUCGUCAAGCCCCUCAUAAACGACGACCGGGAACCCUUCAAGGGUUUUUCGUGCCAAGGUACUGCUGCAACGGGUUCGACGAGCCAGGCCUUCCCCGGCGAAAUUACGGCGUUUGUGAACGCGAGGAUAGACUGGGAGAAGAAGCCGGAGACUCACGUGGUCAGAGUGCAUAUUCCGAACCUGCAGAAACGGGAAGUAAAGGUGCGUGUGCUGGAAGGAAGGAUUGUGGAGAUAAGGGGCGAGAGGAGGUUGGAGAAGGAAGAGAAGGUGAACGGAAAGCAAGUGCUGUUUGAGCACAGCAGCGGCAAGUUCAGUCGGCAGAUAAGGCUUCCUGAGAGUGCUGAUCUUGAUAAAUUGCAGGCCUGCAUGGCGAGUGGGGUGCUGACAUUUACUGUUCCUAAUAAAAAGUGAAAGUUUUUCAGGAAAAAGGAAAAGCUUAAAGGAAGUGACAAAGCAUAAGAGCAAGAGGAAGCUUAUGGAUUAAAAAGAGAUCUUGAAGAGCAUGAGGAUUAAAGAUAACUUGGUGAAAGCUCAAAGAGAAGAUCGAAAACUCAAAGCUGAUGGAAGAACAAGGUUGAAGAUCAAAGGAUUAUGUUUUCAAGGAUGUUCUAAAUGUAAGUACUUCAAGUUAAUUUCAAGUAUAAAUUGAUUUGAAGCUCUCAAGAUAUUCAGAAAUAUAUUUUUUAUACUCUAAAGAAUACUUUUAUAAUCAAUGAAAAGAAAGGGUUUUUGAAAAAGAAAAUCUUUGAAAAGAGAAGGGCCAGGAGACUGUCCUAUUGUGGCAAGCGAUUGCGAAAUUAAGUAAAGGUUUUUCUAAAGAGACAGUAGCAAGAUAGGCGACUGCCAAAACAUGCCGGACGUCUGAGUGGACAUGCCAGGCGACUGCCUUGGUUCUGGCAAGUGACUGCUAGUGUUCUGUGUUGUGAGUUUGUUCUAUGACAGGCGACUGCCAAGUCGUGGCUGGCGAUUGUCAUUCGAACGUUGGCUUAAAAACUCUCAACGGGAAGAUUUUUUAAAUGAAGUUUUGGACACUAUUAUUUUGAAAAACUUGGAAACUACUUCAAGGAAACUAUGGGGGGUAAGGAAUUACUUUUAAACAUCUAUAAAUCACCCCAAUCUUCAAAGGUUUGAGACACCAAGAAAUUUUCAAGCAAUCAAAGUUCUCAAAGGCUCUCAAACUCUCUUGUGUUCAACUAUUGAAUUGCUACUGAUUCAAACUCCGAAGCAAAGCUUUCAAAGUCAGAAUAUUUCAUAUUUUGGAAUAUAUUUGGUGAUCCAUAUUGAGUAUUGAGCUUCAAAUUCUUUUAUAUUUGAAUUAAUUUGAAGUAUCAUUGGGCUGAAUGUUGUACUAACCUACUCUACUGUGAGAGUGUUUUCUUAUACACAAAAUCUUCUUUAUCUUGGUUCUUAUUCAUAGACAAUUCAAGGCUGUAGAAUCGUUGGACCAAACGAGGGAAUAUCGUUUGGAGAGGCGGGCUCUAGACUAACGGAAGGAGUGUUUGUAAUCGGUAUUGUUCCACCCGUCAACGGAACAUAACUAGUGAAUCCUUUGGUGGUUUGCCAAAGGUGAGGACGUAGGCUGGGCAUAAGCUAAACCUCAUAAAA